AUGUUGUUCGCAUCUUCAUUCCUAUUUUUACCCUUAUUAUUAAUAUUUAUAUCUUCCAUUCUAUUUACCUCUUUUGCAUCCAUUCAUAUCUAUAAUCAUGAACCUUUUCAAGAUGUCGGUAAUGCUUUUCUUCUCUCCGGCGGCAGCGAAGGCAUCGCCGCCUCCCUCACCGCCGAUGCUCAUCCCGAUUCCAUCCACGAUGGACGUUCUUACAUUCGAUUUGAGAAUAUAACCUUUAGGAGAAGAAAAUAUGAAGCCAAGGCGCGAGGGACAGUGCCGGUACACAUUAUUAUUUUUGAGGCUGCUGAUCGUGAUGAUAUAGGCGGUUCUGUUUACGGCGGGCAACGAGCAAUCUGUUGCACCCGUGAUUUAGCAAAGAUGGGAGGUUGUAAGCAAGGAGAGGUUAUCAGGAGACCUUCUGCAACGGAUAUUAAUUGGCCAGUCAUUGUAGAUGUUUAUUUCAAGGGGAAAUCCCGAAUUGCUAGUUUAGAUUCUAAAGAGGUUCCUAUCACGAAGACUGGAAUGUAUAAUUUGUUUUUUGUAGCUUGUGACCCCAAGCUCAAGGAAAUUGUAAUGACUGGGAAGACAAUCUGGAAAAACCCUGAUGGGUUCUUACCUGGUAGAAUGGCCCCAUUAAAGAAGUUCUAUGUAUUUAUGGCACUGGCUUAUAUCUUCCUUGGCAUGAUUUGGCUCCUUCAGUAUGUGAGGUUUUGGGAUGAUAUACUGCAACUUCAGCACUGUAUAUCCGCUGUCAUUGGUCUUGGAUUGUUUGAGAUGAUUCUCUGGUAUUCUGAGUACGCCAAUUUCAACAAUACUGGAGUCAGGCCUAUUAUGGUCACAACAUGGGUUGUUACAAUUGGGGCUAUAAGAAAAACGAUAGCAAGGCUUCUCAUUCUCUCUGUUUCCAUGGGUUAUGGUGUUGUGCGACCCACUCUUGGCGGUCUUACAUCAAAGGUCCUUUUACUUGGAAUAACUUACUUGCUUGCAUCAGAGUUGCUGGACAUUACUGAAUAUGUGGGGACCAUCAAUGAUGUAUCAGGAAGGGCAAGGCUCAUUCUAGUUCUUCCUGAUGCUUUCUUGGAUGCGUUUUUGAUUUUAUGGAUUUUUACUUCUCUGUCAAAAACACUGGAACAGUUACAGGCAAAACGGAGUUCUGUUAAAUUGGAUACAUACAGGAAAUUCUCAAAUGCACUACUAGUAACGGUGAUCUCCUCAGUUGUUUGGAUAGGAUAUGAGGUUUACUUCAAAGCAACAGAUCCAUUUAAUGAACGCUGGCAAAGUGCUUGGAUCAUCACUGCAUUUUGGGACGCUCUUGCAUUUGCACUACUCUGUGUAAUAUGUUAUCUCUGGGCGCCUUCCCAGAGCUCUCAAAGGUAUGCAUACUCAGAAGAAGUGGGAGAAGAUUCUGAUGAUGAAGAAGCUAUGUCUCUAACUAAGGGAAAGCAAGAAGGUCAAGGAGAACUAAGUUUAGUCAGGCAAGAGAAGAAUGCCCGAACUGAUGCAUCUUCUGAUGAAGACAACGAAUCAGACGAGGAUAAAAGAGAAUGA